AUGGGAUCGAUCCGCGGUUUACUACGGUUAAUUAAGAAAACGGUUACUACUCGUUGGCAUGGUAUAAGAUUCUUUGAACAUGUUCUUCUCGUUAUAAGCGUUGAAUCAAAUAAAAUUGAUUUACAACUGAAACCUGAAGCUGCUGCAAUUUAUUGCAUGCAGAACCCAAAUGAACAUAAUAAUGGAAUUAUUCCGAUAAAUGUUGUUGGAAAGAUUAUUAGAUUAAUUCGUGGACAACUUAAUUCUAGUAAGGAUAAAUGUUCUGCUAUAUUCCUUGUCGGAGGAUUUGGUGAACCAAAAUAUUUACAAAUGAAAGAAUUCGGAAAAUUAGUUCCAGCAAUUAUUGUGCCAAAGCAACCUAUCGCAGCUAUUGUUCGUGGAGCUUGUGACUACGGACUUAAAAUGAGCACAAUAGCGGAUCGUACUCUGAAAUAUACUUACGGUAUUAAAGCUAAUAGACACUGGAGUUAUCCAAUAGAUCGAAAAAUAACCUGUGGGAAUGGUGAUCAAAAUUGA